UCGCUCUCUCUCUCUCUCUCUCUCUCUUUCUGAGCUCUGCCGCAGCCGCUUCUGAGUCUUUGUUUCUCGAAGUCUCCUACCUGUGCUUUCGAGUUGCCAUUUCCCGAUCAACUUUGGUCUAUCGCCGUCUCUCGAUUUCUCUCCGGCGAUGGCCGGAUCCCUCUCUCUCAUCAUCGGAAGAGAAGCAGCCUUUGUGAUUGGAUCCUCGCUUCCCUUUCUCACCGAUCACGGUGUCGGUUAGGUCCCCUUCCUUUUUUCGUUUCUAGGAAAUCGGAAACCAGUUUCGGAUUUCUAGUUGGAAGCCUGGUGGAAUCAGCUUGAAUUCUGAAGGAUAAUACCGCUCUUUGGAAUUACAAGUUUCAAUUACUCGUUCUGUGGUAAUUUUCCGGUUUUGGGUUACCCCCCCGCUUUUCAGCUCGAGCGGUGUGGUGGUACUUAUCCGAAGACAUGUCGGUUUGGACUUCUCUGGGAGGAGGAACAGUGGACAUCAUGAUGAUGAGUACCUGUUAAUUUUGUUCUAGUUCUACAACUCCUAUCAGUCACUAUUCAGGUAUAUGGGGUUCACUUUCUAAAACCCUCUUAUUCUAUAUACAUUUAUAUAAUACGAAACAGGAAAUAUGUAUUAUCUACUUGCGAUUCCAGAAAUGUUCAUCACUGCUUUUUUUGGCAAUAAGCUGAACCAGAUUUUACUUUCCGAAGCAACCGAAGAAACGAAGUACAGAGUAAAAGAGUAUCUUUACAUACAUACAGACUGACCAAAGCACGGUCUACUGCUGCAAUAUGAGUGAGAACGAGGACGAGAUUUUGUCCAAUGAUGGUGUGGAUUCACCACCGGUUGAAGGAAGUGCCAGUGGAGGAAGCCGCAAUCAUCUGAAGAAAGGUCCCUGGACAGCAGCGGAAGAUGCAAUUUUGGUGGAUUAUGUUAAGAGACAUGGAGAAGGAAAUUGGAAUGCUGUCCAGAAGAAUACUGGACUCGCUCGCUGUGGAAAAAGUUGUCGCUUGCGUUGGACAAAUCACUUAAGACCGGAUCUGAAGAAAGGCGCUAUCACCAAAGAGGAAGAGCGGCGCAUCGUUGAACUACAUGCAAAGAUGGGGAACAAAUGGGCCCGCAUAUCUGCAGAGUUGCCUGGACGCACAGAUAAUGAGAUAAAGAACUACUGGAAUACUAGAAUCAAGAGACUACAACGUGCUGGCUUACCUAUUUAUCCUCCUGAUGUAUGUAAAGAAUUGCAGGAGAAUCAACAAGGUCUGCACACAGGCACAUAUCCAACUGGGGAGACACACCACCUGGAUCUCUUGCCAGUGAAUAGCUUUGAGAUUCCUGCUGUGGAGUUCAAGCAUUUGGAAAUUAAUCAACAACUGCGUUCGCCAUCACUUCUUGAUAUUCCUACAACUGGCUUGCUUGAUGUUCCAGCAAACAGCUUACUGGCACAAGGUCUUGUUUCUUCCCAGAGCAAAGGCUUGAUGUUACCAAUGCUGCAUCCACUAAAGCGUCUUCGGGAAUCAGAGUGCCUGUUUGCUGGUGUCAAUAAUAGUGUUAAUGGUGGUUUCCCAGCACUCUAUCAAUCUCAAGAUGGUGGCUGUAAGAAAAUUGCUCGAUCCUUUGGGUUUUCUGCUGCCAACCACCUAUCAUCCUCAUCUGGACUUCCUUGCAGCUUUGCUCUUUUAAAUGGCAACUCCUUUGCUUCUGAGCCCAUCACUAUGGCUACGAAGUUGGAGCUCCCUUCGAUCCAACAUUCACAUACUCAAGGAUGUAGCUGGGGAACUCCAUCGUCUCCGCUACCACCCCUUGAGUCUUACGAUACUCUGAUCAAGUCUCCUACAACUGAGCAGACACGUCCAGAUUUUCUUUCUGGGCGGAACAGUGGCCUGUUGGAAGCAGUACUUUAUGAAUCUCAAACUUGGAAAAGCGCACAGAACGGUUCUUUCUACAAGACUCCCAGUAUUUCUGUUUCAAGGAACAGUUCUCACAACCAGACUUCCAGUGUUUCUCUUGUGGCCAGUGCUGAUGGAGACGGGUGGUCAUCACACAAUCUCAGCGACGCAGGAUGGGAAAUAUGUAACGACCCUAUCUCUCCUCUUGGUCGUUCUGCUGCAUCAGUAUUUGGAGAGUGUACUCCUCUCAGUGGAACCACCUUCAGUGAGCCUCAUUCAGUCGAGACCUUUCCAGGAAGCAAAGUGAAGCAAGAAGCAGUUGACUGGGUUACUGCAGACUCUAUAGUGGAUGAUGAAAUUGCAAAUCAGUUGCUGUUCUCGAGGCCUGAUCUCUUGCUUGCUUCAAACUGGAUUGGUUACAAAAGCGGGCAAAGUAGGGAACAUUCCGUUCUGACGGAUGCCAUCGGGUCACUUCUCAGCGAAGAUUUCGGCCUUGACUGAAGCAAAACAGCAUCGUAUUCCCCUUAUCUGAACAAAAAUGCGUGCAAAUGUGUCUGCAGCAUGGGGAUAACAUGUAGCACGCCGCGUGUGAACUCUCAAAAAAUCACUGAAAAGUCCUGGAGUUCAAGCGCUUUGGGCGUUCCCUCUUCUUUCCUGUGCCAGACUUGAAGGUGCUGUUUUCAGAUAUAACUCGGUUCUCCUUUAGAUACUUGCUGUUUCAGAUAUGAAAGCGUGUUUGAGGGACAAUGUCUGUGGAAGUCGGUCAUGUUUGUAUGUUUUGUGUGCUUCUGGUCUUUGGUAUAUUGGGUUUUUAAGAACCGUGGUAGCAAAUAAGGCAUCAUGGGUGCCAAAUUGUGACUUUUUUUUUUUUAAAUGAACUGGUACUGGAUGCAUGAGAUCCUGGCUAUAUUUGAUCAAUUUUCUUCCGUGGAUCUGGAAUAUUUUUUGUUUUUUUGGGCAAGCAACAUGAUGAUCAAUUUUGGGCU